CGCAUGCGUGUUUGACUCUAGUGUAGCACGUGGAUUAUUGUGCCAUCAUGUCUACCGAAGGACAGUUGAGUGUUCGAGGAAGUCGGACGUCGAGAGACAGCGUGCGCUCUCAGAACGUGAUGGCAGCGACUUCAAUUGCAAAUAUCGUCAAGAGCUCGUUGGGGCCAGUAGGAUUGGAUAAGAUGCUUGUCGAUGACGUCGGGGAUGUGACGAUUACUAAUGACGGUGCAACAAUCCUCAGAAUGUUGGAAGUAGAGCAUCCUGCAGCGAAGAUUCUCGUCGAACUUGCUCAAUUGCAAGACGAAGAAGUCGGCGACGGGACAACUACUGUAGUCAUCGUGGCAGCUGAACUUCUCAAACAAGCAGAAGAAUUAGUGAAGAAUAAGAUACAUCCGACAAGCGUUAUUAGUGGAUAUCGAAUGGCAUGCAAGGAGGCUGUCAAGUAUGUGCAGGAGCAUUUGACAGUGAGCAGUGAUGAUGUUGGAAGGGAGGGGCUUCUGAAUGCGGCAAAGACUGCGAUGUCGUCAAAGCUGAUUGGAACUGAUGCUGACUUCUUUUCUAAUAUGGUGGUUGAUGCUGCCAAUGCUGUGAAGCGUGUUGGACCAAAGGGAGAAGUAAAGUGUCCUAUCAAGUCAGUGAACAUUUUGAAAGCUCACGGUGGCAGUUCUCAAGACAGCAUUCGCAUUGACGGAUACGCCCUUAACUGCACAGUUGCUUCACAAGCUAUGGUGAAACAAGUGAAGGGAGCGAAGAUCGCUCUUCUCGACUUCUCACUACAAAAAUCAAAAAUGGCAUUCGGAAUUCAUGUAGUUGUUGACGAUCCCGAGAAACUUGAUGCUAUCAGAGCCAGGGAAUCAGACAUGACAAAAGAGCGUAUUUCCAAAAUCCUUUCAUCUGGAGCAAAUGUCGUUCUUGUAUCAGGUGGCAUCGACGAUCUCUGCUUGAAGUAUUUUAUUGAGGCUGGAGCGAUGGCCGUGAGAAGAUGCAAGAAAUUAGAUUUGAAGAGAAUCGCUAAAGCCACAGGCGGACAACUCCUACUCACUUUGUCAAAUCUGGAAGGUGAGGAGACGUUUGAUAGCUCCAUGCUGGGACAGGCAGACGAGGUUGUUGAGCAGAGAGUGAGUGACGACGAGCUAAUCUUGAUCAAAGGUCCAAAGGCUCACUCAGCUGCGUCCAUUAUAUUGCGUGGUGCCAAUGAUUUUAUGGUGGAUGAGAUGGAAAGGUCUAUUCACGACUCUUUGUGUGUCGUGAGACGAGUGCUGGAGUCUAAGAGUUUGGUCACUGGAGGAGGAGCUGUAGAAGCUGCACUCUCGAUUUACUUAGAAAAUUAUGCUCACAUGCUGCAUUCUCGUGAGCAGCUUGCAAUUGCUGCCUUUGCUCAGUCUCUUCUGUGCAUCCCCAAGACUCUGGCUGUCAAUGCGGCUGAAGACUCAACAGAUCUCGUUGCUAAGCUGAGAGCUUAUCACAAUGCGUCACAGACUGAUAAGACAAAGGACAGUCUUAAAUGGACUGGUCUCGAUCUUUCUCGUGGUGUAGUGAGGGACAACAAAGCAGCCGGGGUGCUUGAGCCAACAGUCAGUAAAGUGAAGAGUUUGAAGUUCGCCACUGAAGCGGCCAUCACAAUCCUACGUAUCGACGACAUGAUCAAAGUUGCUCCCGAGAAGAAAGACGACCAUCCAGACCAUCCAUACUAAUAGAAAUAGGGUCAAUAAAUGGUGACGUUACGUGUUGCUACGUUCUCAUAUUUGAGCAGUUUUGGGCAAGGAUUUUGUGUUUGUUGAUGCUCUCAUGGAUGUCUCUGCAUAAUAGAUCAUCAGGUAGGCAAUUCA